AUGGCGGAAGGAGGCGACGACGACGCCGUCCUCAGCGACAUCGAAGGAGAUGAUCCAUCGCCUAUCGUUCUCGCCACCGGCGACGCCGAUCAGUCCUCCGCCGCCGCUGAUCACCGUGUUCGUGAGCUCCUCACGGAGCUUGAGGAGGAGCGCCGUGCUCGGAAGGCCGCUGAGGAUGCCCGCUCGGAUCUUCAGACAUCCUUCGAUCGCCUCAAGGCUGUCGCCCAUGAUAUUAUUAAGAAGCGGGAUGAGGUCUCUAAGGCCGCCGAUCGUGCCGCCGGUGAGCUGUCUGAGAUGGUUAAGGUCAAGGAUGAAGCUGUGAAGCAGAAGGAUUUGUUGCGGUCGGAGAUGGAGGCUGCCGCACAGAUGCUGGUCUCUGGGAUCGAUAAGAUCUCGGGGAAGGUCAGCAAUUUUAAGAAUUUCUCUGCUGGUGGCCUCCCAAGGUCGAACAAGUACACGGGGCUGCCGGCCGUGGCGUAUGGCGUGAUCAAGCGGACGAAUGAGAUUGUUGAGGAGCUUGUCAAGCAGAUUGACGUGUCAAUUAAGUCGAGAGACCAGGCGCGUGAGCUGAUGGAGCAGCGGAAUUUUGAGAUCGCCAUCGAGGUCUCCCAGCUCGAGGCAACCAUCGGCGGGCUCAGGGACGAGGUCGCGCAGAAGGGAAAGGAGAUUGAGAACUUGGAGAAGUUGGUGGCUGAUGGGAAUGCCAAGGUUUCUCAGUUGGAGAAGGAGAUGGCUGAGCUACGGCAGUUUGGUGAGGAAUGUGAUAACAAGUUAAGGGCUUUUGAGACUAAAUUAGAUUCCCAGAGGCCGUUGCUAAUUGAUCAAUUGAAUUACAUAUCCAAGGCCUAUGAAGAGAUCCAUGGAAUUGUCAACAUCAUGAAUGGGGAUGCAUCAGAUCAGUCAGAGGCAUCAGACUCUUUGUUUAUGUGGAAAGAAGUGGAUAUGGAUAUGGAUGAGAACUUACAGACUUCUUCCGAAGGGACCAAGUCUGUUUGUGAGCUUGCUAAGGUGGCCUUGGAAAAAGUUAGGGAAGGAAUGCUUAAGAGGAAUGAGGAAGUGACUGCUUUGAAUGAGAGGCUUUCUGAAUUACUUUCAGAGAAACAGCAUAUUGGGACCUUGCUUCGAAGUGCAUUGUCAUCUAAGACAAAUGAGAUUUUGCAAGUUGCGGAGGAUGGGUUAAGGGAGGCUGGAAUUGAUUUAAAGCUGAAUGGCCACCAUAAAGAUGGGCUAGAAGAUGUAGAGGAAGACGAAGUCUAUACCUUGGCUGGUGCUUUAGAGAAUACCGUCAAGACAUCUCAACUCAAGAUCAUAGAGCUGCAGCAUUUGGUGGAAGCACUCAGGGCAGAGUCUGGUCUUCUAAAAGCGCAUUUAGAUACUCAAGCAAAGGAAAUUAACCAGCUAAAGCGUCAGAUAAAGCAACUUGAAGAGCAGGAGCGUGUUGCGAAUGAAAGUGUUGAAGGCCUCAUGAUGGAUAUUGCAACUGCAGAAGAAGAAAUUGCAAGAUGGAAAGCUGCAGCAGAGCAAGAGGCUGCUGCAGGCAGAGCUGUUGAGCAAGAGUUUCAAACACAGUUGUCAACCCUUCGCCGUGAAUUAGAUGAAGCAAAGCAAGCACUGUUAGAGUCAGAGAACAAACUCAAGUUCAAAGAAGAGACUGCAGCUGCAGCAAUGGCAGCAAGAGAUGCGGCGGAGAAAUCAUUGAGGCUGGCAGACAUGAGGGCAACAAGACUGAGGGAGAGGGUUGAGGAGCUAAGUCAGCAGCUUGAAGAAUCUGAAAAUCAACAUGACUCAAGGAACAGAAGCAGACAUAGAUACGUAUGUUGGCCAUGGCAGUGGCUCGGAUUGGACCUAGUAAGAAAUCCACAAGAAACCAUCCAAAGUUCUAAUGAGAUGGAACUCUCAGAACCUCUUAUAUAGAAAGUGUUAUGUUUCAAGUUAUUUUCAGUCAGUACUGAAGAAAAUUGAUAGUAUCUGCACUCCAUCAGCAUAAACUAUAAAUGCCAGCUCAGCAAAUUUGUUCUAUGACCCUUCUGGUUUUGUCGGUAUCAGUACACAUAAUGUAUAUACACACUUUCUGCUACUGUAUUUAGUGAUUCUUUUGUUCUCAGUGCAAGUCAACCAUCCAAAAGCAUCUAAGUUUUGAAAUUUCUGCAGCACUGUAUUCAUUAGGUUUGGUAUUGAAGAACAUGAAAUUUAUAAGUACUCGGUCAAUUGUUUUGCCGACUCUUGUUCAAGAAAGCUGUAAUUUAUAUGAGCCAUUGUGUCUGAGUACUCUUCCACCUCAGCAAAAUGUAUAAUAAAAUGGAUGCUAAUGCAAUUGGUUUA